CUUCCGUCGGCCAUUUUAGGUGGUCCGCGGCGGCGCCAUUAAAGCGAGGAGGAGGCGAGAGGGGCCGCCGCUGUGUCUUAUUCUUUUUUAGUGCAGCGGGCGAGAGCGGGCGUGCGCGCCGCGCGAGAGUGGGAGGCGAGGGGGGCAGGCCAGGGAGAGGCGCAGGAGCCUUUGCAGCCGCGCGCGCCGUCUCUGUCUUGUUGUGUGCCUCGCGCGGCGGAGCGGGCGCGCGGCGGCGGCGGGGAUUACUUUGCUGCUAGUUUCGGCUCGCGGCAGCGGCGGGUGUCGUCUCGGCGGCGGCGGCGGCGGUAGCGCUAUGUCGGAGGAGCAGUUCGGCGGGGACGGGGCGGCGGCGGCGGCAACGGCGGCGGUAGGCGGCUCGGCGGGCGAGCAGGAGGGAGCCAUGGUGGCGGCGGCGCCGGGGGCAGCGGCGGCGGCGGGAAGCGGAGCCGGGACCGGGGGCGGAACCGCGGCUGCUGGCACGGAAGGGGGCAGCGCCGAGUCGGAGGGGGCGAAGAUCGACGCCAGUAAGAACGAGGAGGACGAAGGCCAUUCAAACUCCUCCCCACGACACACUGAAGCAGCGACGGCACAGCGGGAAGAAUGGAAAAUGUUUAUAGGAGGCCUUAGCUGGGACACUACAAAGAAAGAUCUGAAGGACUACUUCUCCAAAUUUGGUGAAGUCGUAGACUGCACUCUGAAGUUAGAUCCUAUCACAGGGCGAUCAAGGGGGUUUGGCUUUGUGCUAUUUAAAGAAUCGGAGAGUGUAGAUAAGGUCAUGGAUCAGAAAGAACAUAAGUUGAAUGGGAAGGUGAUUGAUCCUAAAAGGGCCAAAGCCAUGAAAACAAAAGAGCCUGUUAAAAAAAUUUUUGUUGGUGGCCUUUCUCCAGAUACACCUGAAGAGAAAAUAAGGGAGUACUUUGGUGGUUUUGGUGAGGUUGAAUCCAUAGAGCUCCCCAUGGACAACAAGACCAAUAAGAGGCGUGGAUUCUGCUUUAUUACCUUUAAGGAAGAGGAACCAGUGAAGAAGAUAAUGGAGAAGAAAUACCACAAUGUUGGUCUUAGUAAAUGUGAAAUAAAAGUAGCCAUGUCAAAGGAACAGUAUCAGCAACAGCAGCAGUGGGGAUCUAGAGGAGGAUUUGCAGGAAGAGCUCGUGGAAGAGGUGGUGGCCCCAGUCAAAACUGGAACCAGGGAUAUAGUAACUAUUGGAAUCAAGGCUAUGGCAACUAUGGAUAUAACAGCCCAGGUUACGGUGGUUAUGGAGGAUAUGACUACACUGGUUACAACAACUACUAUGGAUAUGGUGAUUAUAGCAACCAGCAGAGUGGUUAUGGGAAAGUAUCCAGGCGAGGUGGUCAUCAAAAUAGCUACAAACCAUACUAAAUUAUUCCAUUUGCAACUUAUCCCCAACAGGUGGUGAAGCAGUAUUUUCCAAAUUGAAGAUUCAUUUGAAGGUGGCUCCUGCCACCUGCUAAUAGCAGUUCAAACUAAAUUUUUUGUAUCAAGUCCCUGAAUGGAAGUAUGACGUUGGGUCCCUCUGAAGUUUAAUUCUGAGUUCUCAUUAAAAGAAAUUUGCUUUCAUUGUUUUAUUUCUUAAUUGCUAUGCUUCAGAAUCAAUUUGUGUUUUAUGCCCCACCCCCGCCCCCAGUAUUGUAGAGCAAGUCUUGUGUUAAAAGCCCAGUGUGACAGUGUCAUGAUGUAGUAGUGUCUUACUGGUUUUUUAAUAAAUCCUUUUGUAUAAAAA